AUGGCAGCUGAAUCCCACAGUACCAGUGUCAACGUCAGUGAAUCCAAUACCAGCUAUGGGCUUGGAAACCAACACCCUAGAGAUUCACAACUGAGACUUGUCUUAGUGGGUAAGACUGGAGCAGGAAAAAGUGCCACAGGGAACAGCAUCCUUGGAAAGAAAGCGUUUUAUUCCAGCAUUGCAGCAAAAUCCAUCACCAAGGUCUGUGAGAAAGGGAGCAGCAUGUGGAAUGAGAGUGAAAUUGUCGUAGUGGACACACCUGGCAUUUUCGACACCGAGACACCGGAUGCUCACACAGAAAAGGAGAUUAUUAAUUGCAUCAUCCUGACCUCCCCGGGGCCUCAUGCUGUGAUCAUGGUGGUUCCCCUGGGCCGGCACACAAAGGAAGAGAAACAGGCCAUUGAGAAGGUACUGACAAUGUUUGGACCCAAAGCCAGGCAAUACAUGAUUCUCUUAUUCACCCGGAAAGAUGACUUGGAUGGCAUGAAGUUCGAAGAUUACUUAAAGGAAGCUCCAGAAGGCAUUCAGGAUCUGAUGAAGAAGUUCAGGGAUCGCCACUGUGUGUUCAACAAUAAGGCGACAGGGGCUGAGCAGGAGGCUCAGAGGGCGCAGCUGCUGGACCUGGUCCAGCGCAUGGUGAAGGAGAACCAGGGGGGAUUCUACACUAAUAAGAUGUACCAAAGGGCUGAGGAGGAGAUUCAGAAACAGAUCCAAGUGAUACAAGAACAAUACAGAGCAGAGCUGGAGAGAGCGCAGAGUAAGUUAAGGGCUGAGUAUGAGGAGAAAAUCAGGAAACUAGAGGAUGAAUUAGAGAAGGAAAAGGGAAAGGCAGAAAUGGCGAGGGAAUUGGCAGAAAGGGAGAAAGACUAUGAUUUCAAGCAACAAAAUGCCAGAGCUGAAGUUGAGAAGGAGAACAAGAUAAUUGAGAAUAUCCUGAAAAUUUUGCAAUAUGCUGGCUUCAUUCUUGUAAGCAUAUUCAAAUUACUUUAAGCUUAAUUUUUAAAAAUGUCUAUAUUUCUUGCAAAUUUUCAUGUGUCCCUGCCCCGUAUAACUCAUUUCUAAAGUCAGAGCUCUCUGUUUCUGUCUCUCAGGCUCUCAGAACUAGGGAGUUAAGUCAAGUUCCCUGUUGGCAGUAGGUAGCGGUUUGGUUGACUGACGAGGGAAGGGACACAUUCCCAAUUUCUAAAAGUCCAAAGCAGAAAGUACGGAUGCUCCCUAUCUUCUGAACACUUUCUCAGACGCACAGAGAAAAGGAAUGCAGGAACCAAGAACCAUGACCCCAAGCUUUCUCUGUGUCUUCCCAGUACCUGUUUCUCCUCUGGAUUCUGUCUAGAUUGGCAGAUAAGCUCCUCCUGUGGCUUCUACUCCUCAUUGUUGCCUUUAGGACCAUGCUGCUCAUUUUACCCAUGUGGUCAGAGAAGUCAGUUCUUUGCCUUAGAUAAUCUAUAGCUAGAGAGGCUUACCGAAUUCUUUCUGGAUGAACGCAAAUUCAUUGAAUUACAUUUUUAUGGAAGGACUGAAAUUGUUCCCUGUCAUCUGCCCACUGAAGAACAAAGAAUUGUCUGGAAAACAGAUCUCUCAGAACCCAACUAAGUGAAAUGCCAGGAAGAGCCAGGAACAGAGAUUCAACAGACAAGAGAACCAUGUUUGGUAUAUUCAGAUGUUCCUGUAGAAGGUGCUUGACCAACCUCAACAUAACCACUUAGCUGAAGAACUAGUUCUCUCCUUUUCAUGGGAAACGAGCUGUUGCCACCGCACCUCCAUCACCUCACACCUUGAUUACUUACUGCUGGGGGGUCAUCCCCACACUGCUGCCCCACCCACUUGAAUUGUUUGCUUAUUUUUGCUGUAAUAAAACUUUUCUAU